AUGGGGUGCUUCCAGUCCAAGGUGGCGGGGCCCCUGCCGCCCAAGGACGCCGCCGCGCUCCCCGCCGACAAGCCUGCAGAUCCCGAGGCGGCGAACGACGGCGCCGAUGGGGGAGGCGACGGCGACGACAAGGAGGCGGUGAAGCGCGCGGUGCCGGUGUUCAGGGAGUUCGCGCUCGCCGAGCUGCGCGCCGCCACCAAGGGAUUCAGCGCCGACCUCAUCGUCUCCGAGAGCGGCGAGAAGGCGCCCAACGCCGUCUACCGCGGCCGCCUCGACGGCGGCCGGCUCAUCGCCGUCAAGCGCUUCUCGCGCCUCUCCUGGCCUGACCCGCAGCAGUUCCUCGCGGAGGCGGCGGGCGUGGGGAAGGUGCGGCACAAGCGCCUCGUCAAUCUCAUUGGCUGCUGCGCCGAGGGUGACGAGAGGCUGCUCGUCGCCGAGUACAUGCCCAACGACACCCUGUCCAAGCAUCUCUUCCACUGGGAUAAGCAACCGUUACCAUGGGAAAUGAGGCUGAGGGUUGCAUAUUUCAUUGCGCAAGCUCUCGACCAUUGCAAUGCCGAGAACAGGAAAAUCUAUCAUGAUUUGAAUGCUUAUAGAGUACUUUUUGAUGAGGAAGGUGAUCCCCGAUUGUCAAGUUUUGGAUUAAUGAAGAACAGCCGUGAUGGAAAAAGUUAUAGUACUAACCUGGCUUACACUCCACCAGAGUUUCUGCGAACCGGCAGAGUAAUUCCCGAGAGUGUGAUAUAUAGCUAUGGAACUGUCCUGUUGGAUCUUUUGAGCGGAAAACACAUUCCUCCUAGUCAUGCCCUAGAUUUAAUAAGGGGAAAGAAUAUACUGUUGCUGAUGGAUUCCUCCUUAGAAGGGCAGUAUGCUAAUGAAGAUGCUUCGAAAUUGGUUGAUCUUGCAUCAAAGUGUCUGCAAUUUGAAUCUAGGGAUAGACCAAACAUAAAGUAUCUUUUGUCUUCUGUUGGUCCUCUUCAGAAGCAAAAGGAGGUUGCAUCACAUGUGUUCAUGGGUAUUACAAAAGCCACAUCAGUAAUGCCAACCAUUUAUUCUCCACUUGGGAAGGCCUGUGCUGGUAUGGAUCUUUCGGCGGUGCAUGAUAUUUUGCUCAAAACAGGUUAUAAAGAUGACGAGGGUGCAGAAAACGAGUUAUCCUUUCAAGAAUGGACCCAGCAAGUGCAAGAGAUGCUGAACACAAAGAAGUUUGGUGACAUUGCGUUUAGAGAUAAGGAUUUUAAGACUGCAAUUGACUACUACUCCAAGCUAGUUGCAAUGAUGUCGACGCCUUCAGCUACAGUUUUUGCUAGGCGCAGUUUUUCCUACUUGAUGAAUGGGCAAGCAGAGCUUGCUCUUCGGGACGCAAUGCAGGCCCAGGUCUGCAUGCCCGAGUGGCCUACAGCCUUCUACCUCCAAGCCCUUGCUCUUUCAAAGCUCGGCAUGGAAACCGAUGCGCAGGACAUGCUGAACGAUGGAGCUACAUUUGAGGCCAAGAAGCAAAACGGCUGGCGUAGUUAG